AUGGCCGAGGGCGGCGGGGGCGCGCGGAGGAGGGCCCCGGCGCUGCUCGAGGCGGCCCGCGCGCGCUACGAGAGCCUGCACAUCUCGGACGACGUGUUCGGCGAGUCGGGUCCCGACAGUAGCGGGAACCCCUUCUACAGCACCUCGGCCGCCUCGCGUUCCUCCUCGGCCGCCUCCUCGGACGACGAGCACGAGCGCCCCGAGCCUCCGCGGGGCCCCGGCGUCCCGCCGCCGCCCUGUGUCCCCGCCGCGCAGGAGCCGGAGGAGGACGAGACUGGCGCGGGCUGGAGCAACGCGCUGCGGGACCGCCCGCCCCCGCGCUUCGAGGACACCGGCGGUCCCACCCGAAAGAUGCCCCCCAGCGCCAGCGCCAUGGACUUCUUCCAGCUCUUUGUCCCCGACAACGUCCUCAAGAACAUGGUGGUGCAGACGAACAUGUAUGCCAAGAAGUUCCAGGAGCGCUUCGGCAGCGACGGCGCCUGGGCGGAGGUGACGCUGGCGGAGAUGAAGGCGUUCCUGGGCUACAUGAUCUCCACCAGCAUCUCCCACUGUGAGUCGGUCCUCAGCAUCUGGAGCGGCGGCUUCUACAGCAACAGGAGCCUCGCGCUCGUCAUGAGCCAGGCCCGCUUCGAGAAGAUCCUCAAGUACUUCCACGUGGUGGCCUUCCGCUCCAGCCAGACCACGCACGGCCUCUACAAGGUCCAGCCCUUCCUCGACUCCCUGCAGAGCGGCUUUGACUCCGCCUUCAGGCCUUCCCAAACCCAGGUGCUACAUGAACCCCUGAUUGACGAAGACCCCGUAUUCAUUGCCACGUGCACGGAGCGGGAACUGCGAAAGAGGAAAAAGCGGAAAUUCAGCCUGUGGGUCAGGCAGUGUUCUUCCACUGGCUUCAUCAUCCAGAUUUACGUCCACCUGAAGGAAGGCGGGGGCCCCGAUGGGCUGGAUGCGCUGAAGAACAAGCCCCAGCUCCACAGCAUGGUGGCCAGGAGCCUGUGCCGGGACGCGGCCGGCAAGAACUACAUCAUCUUCACGGGGCCCAGCAUCACCAGCCUGACCCUGUUUGAGGAGUUCGAAAAGCAAGGGAUUUACUGCUGCGGCCUGCUCAGCGCCAGGAAGAGCGACUGCACCGGCCUGCCCCUGUCCAUGCUGACCAACCCGGCCACGCCCCCCGCCCGGGGCCAGCACCGCAUCAAGAUGAAGGGCAACAUGUCUCUCAUCUGCUGGUACAACAAGGGGCACUUCCGCUUCCUGACCAACGCUUACUCGCCGGUGCAGCAAGGGGUGAUCAUCAAGAGGAAGAGAGGGGAGAUCCCCUGCCCCUUGGCUGUGGAGGCCUUUGCUGCUCACCUCAGCUACAUCUGCAAAUACGACGACAAGUACAGCAAGUAUUUCAUUUCUCACAAACCAAACAAGACCUGGCAGCAGGUGUUCUGGUUUGCCGUCAGCAUCGCUGUCAACAACGCCUACAUCCUGUACAAGAUGUCGGACGCCUACCACGUGAAGAGGUACAGCCGGGCGCAGUUUGGCGAGAGGCUGGUGAGGGAGCUGCUGGGCCUGGAGGACGCCUCUCCGACCCACUGAUGCCAGGGCCGGGCUUAGGUGACCGGAAGCAAGCAGAGAUUGGCUCCGUACCGCUGAGAUUGUUCAGGUGUGUACAGGAGACCGGAGGGGUUUCCAGCAGUUGCCUCGUGCGAGCAGCUUAGAGCAGGGCUCGUGGAAGACGAAACCAAUCGGGCGCCAUUAAAACGUGGCGACGGGUGGGGGAGGGGUUCCAGCUCUGCUGAAUGGAUGAGGCCUUCUGGUCAUGUCACCUGUUUGGCUGGUGGACAGAGAAAAAGGGAAAACGCCAACCAUCGCAGUGCAGUGUGAUGCUAUUUUUUAUUUUUAAAUAUAUCUUCAGGUUAUUUUCUUACUGUUUGCUUAAGAUCUUCUGUGAAAGGAAAAUGUCUCCCUUCUCUCCCGCCCCAUUUCCCCUUGUGCCCCUCCCCCGCCCCAUCCCGGCUCCUUGCAUGAUCUUGGUUCUGUGUGCUGAGCCUCGUGCCUGUGCCAGGGCCAGAAAGGGCAGCUCGCUGCGAGCACAGACGUGGUCGCAUCCUCCAAGGACCACAGGGGACCUGCGGGCCUUCAGCUUUGUCACAGACCUUGUCACUGGCAGAAUGACUUCUUUUGGAAAAUAUGUAGCAUCUCUGAAACAAACAGCAAAAUGUUUCUAGGGAUGGCCGCUUGCUGAAUCUCUUCCCCCGUGUGCAGUGAGCAACCUGGCACUGUUUGCCUGUCUCAGGUCGCACCUGGGGGCUGCGUGGCUGACACUGCAAACCCCGCGGGGGACGGGCCGCGAGCCGGCAGCGUGGCUUCCCACGGGGCCCGGGGCUGCUCACCGCGGGACGGAAAGGAUUGUGUGACUGCAGCUGGCAGCCAGGGUCCCCAGAACAUCUGGGGCUCUUUCUGAACUCAGGUUCCCUUGUCUCCAUGGGAGCCGCAGCCAGAGUGGCCGACUGCCUGGCCGUUCCCACAGACGAGCGACGAGUCAUUCCUGGAGCUCCAUGACCCCCUUCAGCCCCCUUAUGCUGCCCCCCCCAUUUUUACAAGUGCAAAAUCUGUCCUCCUCAGGCUUUGGGACUUGCUCCCGCGUUCUCACUCAGGGGCGAGCAGCGCAGCGGGCAGCAUGCCCCAGCUCCGCGUCAGCCCGCCCUCGGCCCACGACGACCGCCCGCCCCGGUGUUCAUCCAGCGCCACGGGCCGCGGGCCAGACUCUAAAUCGCGUUUCCAAACACCGUCGCCACGUCCUUUAAUUGGAUUGAAAGCACUUUUACCACGUGGAGAAAUAUAUUUUUAAUUUGUGAUGCUUUUCUACAAGGUCCACGAUUUCUGAGUUUAACGUGUUUCCAACACUUUAGGGAGACCAAUGGAAGCGGAUGAAUUUUCUUUUCUGUCCAAAUAAGUAAAAGAAA